AUGGAAGCCCUUCCAUCCCUACAAACCCAGCGUCUCCUCAUCAAGGACAACCCAAUCAACUGCGCUUCCCAGCAAAGACAUUCCCGAAAUGUCCAGACACCCAGGAAGGUCGCCUUGGCACACCGAGCGUUCGACGGAAUGUCUCACUCAGACACCUACGCUUGGAACAAGCUCAUACAAACCCACAUUGCGAACAAUGACUUCCACUACGCCGUUUCUACUUAUGACCAAAUGCUCCACCGCGGCGUUCGCCCAGAUAGGCACACUCUGCCUCGGGCCUUAUCCGCUUCUCGCCUCUCGGAUGAUCUCUCUCUCGGCAAGCAACUACAUUGCCAUGCUGUGAAGUUUGGUUGCGCGAAUGACCGUUAUGUCAUUGCUGCUCUGAUUGAGCUUUAUGGGAGGCUGCAGAGCGCUGACACGGCGAAAUGUGUGUUUGAUAAGGCUAGUGUGAAGGACUUGGUGUCGUGGACUAUGAUAGCUAGGUUGUACAUUGUGGAAGGUAAGCCGAGAAUGGCGCUUGAUAUGUUUGAUGGGAUGGUUGAGUCUGGGGCUAAGAUGGAUGCGGUGGCGCUGGCUACGGCUGCUGGAGCUUGUGGGAUGAUGAAGUCAAUGACUGAUGGAGUGAAAGUCCACCGGGUUGCUAAGGAGCAGGGGUUGGAGUUUGAUGUGUUGGUGAGCAAUAGUCUCUCGAAAAUGUACAUUGAUUGUGGCUGUCUAGAGGAUGCUCGAGCAAUUUUCGAUCAGAGGCCUGCUAAAGAUGUCAUUUCGUGGACAGAGAUGAUUCGUGUUUAUGUGAAGAAGGGAGGGUUCAAUGAGGGACUUAAAUUGUUUCGGCAGAUGGCUGCAGAUGGACUGAAACCGGAUCAACUCUCGGUAUCUAGCGUCCUCCCGGCCUGUGCAAGAGUGUCUGCCUAUAAACAAGGUAAGGAAAUUCAUGGAUACUUGCUCCGAAAUGGAAUCCAUAUGAAUCUUACUGUCCAGAAUGCUCUUAUGGACAUGUAUAUCAAAUCAGGAUUUAUUGAAUCUGCUUUGAAAAUUUUUGCUGGGCUGAAACACAAAGAUGUUAUUUCAUAUACUGUGAUGAUAUUGGGGUACAGCUUACAUGGACAAGGACCCCUUGGAGUUGAUUUAUUCCGACAAAUGGAGAAAGAAUUGAGCAUAAAGAUUGAUGAAUUAACAUAUGCUGCUGUUCUUCAUGCUUGUGUUGCUGCACGAAUGGUUAAGGAAGGAAAGUGUUACUUCAACUGUAUCAAGACACCUACAGUUGCUCAUUGUGCUUUGUUAGUAGCUCUUUUAUCCCAUUCUGGACUCUUUGAUGAGGCAAGGAGCUUCAUAUCAGAGAAAAGAAUUGAAGGACAUGCUGAGGUACUGAGAGCACUGCUAGAUGGCUGUAGGAUCCACAAGCAAUUGAUAUUAGGUAAGCGGCUUGCUGAACAGCUCUGUGAUUUGGAACCUCUUAAUCCUGAUAAUUAUGUGUUACUCUCCAAUUUGUAUGCGGACAAUGAAAAAUGGGACACGGUCUUUUCACUGAGAGGAAUGAUUACAGACAUGGGUUUGAAACCGAAGGAAGCUUUUUCUUGGAUAGAAUUCAGAAACAAAAUUCAUGUGUUUGGGACGAGAGAUGCAGCUCACCCAAGAUCAGAGAGACUAUACUGGGAGCUGCAGUCUCUGAUGAAGAAAAUGGAAGAUGAAGAUAUCAUACCUGAUUUGGAUUAUAGUCUCCACGAUGUUUAUGAAGAGCGGGAGUGCAUUCAAAUUGGGCACAGUGAAAUGUUGGCAAUUUCUUUUGGUCUCAUCAGUUCACAAACUGGAACAACAAUACGUGUAACUAAGAACCUCCGGGUGUGUCGCAACUGUCAUGCUUCUGCCAAAGCUAUAUCCAAGAUGGUAGGACGAGAAAUAAUACUCAAGGACCCAAAAUGUUUCCACCAUUUUAAGGAUGGCUAUUGUUCAUGUGGUGAUUUUUGGUGA